AUGGACUUCAAAGCCCCCAACCAAGCAUGCGACAACUGUCGCCGUCGCAAAAUCAAAUGCUCUCGCGAUCUGCCCUGCGAUAAAUGUCAACGUCUCCUCCUCUCAUGUUCAUACAGUGACGUACUUCGUCGCAAGGGCCCCAAAUUCAGAACCCUUUACCCCCUUGCGCCGAUACACCCACUCCCCGCACGGGCAGAAACCGUAACCCCAGACCAAUACCCAGAUACAUUCCCAGAAAGCUUCAGAAUAAGCUCUCCCGCAUCCCCAGCAUUCGGUAUCAAAGAUACAUCAUACAACUAUGAUAUCUCCGACUCAUUCUCCCAACUCCCGCCCCCGGAACUGGGUUCCUCUCCGGACUCAACAGAUCACACAGUCGACUCCUCAUAUGGGCCUAUCGUCCCUCCCCAAAUAGCACGGUUGUCUCCCCAUAUCCUUCUCGCUCAUGUUAACGUCUAUCUGAAAUAUCUUUUCCCCAUCAUGCCCGUCGUACGGGGUGAUCAACUCCGUCGCGAUAGUCAUCAGCCAGAGCGCCUUUUGCCUCAGAGAUAUGCUUUUCUGGCUGCUUUGUGCGCUGCGACGCAUAUCCAGCUUAAGCUUGAUGGAGCCAAUCCUAUUCCGGACCAGGCGCGGCUGCAUAGUCUUGGGGAUGGAGAUGCGCUCGUCUCUGGAGAGAAGUUACUCGAGGAAGCUGUGCGGGCACGGCGGGAUUGUGACGUGGUGGAGGAUAUUAGCAUUGAGAACUUGCUCACGUCGUUUUUUCUGUUCGCCUCCUACGGGAAUCUGGAUAAGCAGGUUCAUGCAUGGUUUUAUCUGUGCCAGGCGACUUCCAUGGCUUUUACAUUGGGAUUGCAUCGCGAGUCGACGUAUGCGGAUUUCCCAGUUGAAGAAGCCGAGGAGAGAAGGCGGGUAUUUUGGCUUCUGUUUAUUACGGAAAGAGGUUACGCCCUCCAACAAUCUAAACCCGUAAUGCUUCGCAGCUCAAUUCACAAACCACAGGUCCUCUGCUCCGAAGACCCAAUCCUAGCAUACGGUUUCAUCAACCUAAUCAACAUCUUUGAGAAACUCACCGCAAAUCUUUACGACUGGAUCUCCGCAGGUGGCGGCGAUGGUCUAGUAGAACGUGCUCCUACAUCGGGCAUCCAGUCCAGUCUCUGUAAACCAAUUACACUGGACGGUGUCCUCGAGAUCCAACAGGUAGAUAUUCUUAUCACGCAACAAUGGCUCCAAGCCAUGAUGUGGAAACUCUCCAUGAGCCACGCGACGCACGGCUCAAAAGAAGAUUCGGUUCUACCAUUCCAUUUACCUGUGUUAGUUGGGAAGGCCGUUAUGAGCGUGAUCGGGAAUGCGUCGCAAGGUGCAGUGGAUGCUCAUGGGAUUGGAAUGGAACAAAAAUUAUUCGAUAUGGGCGUCUCCAUUGCCGAUGUCACUCGCUCUCUCGGCUCGAAGGGUGUUCAUCGACUCUCGGAAUCAACAGUUGAUCCCCGUGAGCUUCUGUGGGGUAUACUACAUACUCUUUCGCAGAUCCGUGGGUCUCCUUCUUAUCUGUUCCCUCCGCUGUUGGAGCGAUGCAAGAGUGUGAUAGGACUUGAUGGUACUGUUAACAUUGGCAACUUUUUGCCAACCCUUGGUGAGGCGCCUGUUCAGCGAAACCCAUGGGUCGAGGAUCCGGGGUGGCUUUUGGGUACGGAUCGGACUGUGGAUGAGAUUGUAGGAGUGGAAGGUGAGCAUCUGGAGAAUGGGCAUGGGAAUGGGAAUCCACACGGACUUUUGGGCCUUGGUCAUCAAGGCAUUGGGCUUGACUUUUGA